UGAUAUUCUUGAAGACAUUCUUGAUGAUAUUCUUGAAGACUUUCUUAAAGACAUUCUUGAUGACAUUCUUGAUGGCAUUCUUGAUGAAAUUCUUGAAGACAUUCUUGAAGACAUUCUUUUAGACAUUCUUGAUGAUAUUCUUGAUGGCAUUCUUGAUGGCAUUCUUGAUGGCAUUCUUGAUGAUAUUCUUGAAGACAUUCUUGAAGAUAUUCUUGAUGGCAUUCUUAAAGACAUUCUUGAAGACAUUCGUGGUACCAACUUGGCGUGCUUUCUUUUGCGGCUCGGCUCGGCGUCCAGUCUCCGGCCUACGUUCAAGUCCUUCAACUCCAAGACCACGUUUACGGUGGCUUGGCCUCGGCCAUUGCCAUGUUCAUCUGCGACGGGAUCUCUGCAACCUCAGCCAUUGUCUUCUUGGUGCUUUUGAUCAUGAUGACCCACUCCUCAACGCCGCCGCUGAAUCUCGGCGAUAUUCUGCAGCUCCUAAUCUACCACCAAGUACGCCAGUACUUGCCCCGUCUCAAAUGGCAGAUGAGUGUCAAGUACUGGGGACCCCAGACACGAUGACCCACAAACCUCGUGGAACCUCAUAUGCUUCUGCAACCACCUCAAAAAGGGCAGGCUUUACAUCUGGGGGCUCGGGGUCCUAUUGGAUGACUACAGCAGAUCAGAUGGAGUGUCCUAGGAGUUCAGCAUCAGCCCGUUCAAGGAGAUCGGGAAGCAAAAACACGCAUGGUUGAAAUUGAGAGAACUGGCGAAAAUCAAGGAAAAUGCAUUUGUACAGAUUGGUCUGUCGUUGCCUCGGGGAGUGCGUGAUGUAUUCCUUGGCUCUGGCUUGG